UUCCGUUGAGUUUUGUUGACAGUUAGCUUGCACGCGAAAACACUUCACACGUAUAACUUUCACCGGUCACAAAUUUCUGUAUUCGGUUAAUAGCAAGUCAUUAAAGGAGUUCCUUCACUAUAUCCGAGCUUGCUGGUGAUAUAUCCACCGUGUUUCAUUAUUAGUGGCAGUUAGCUAGCAUGCUAGCCGGCUAUUUGGUUAGCUAGCCAUAUUAGCUCGGGGUGAAUCCCGAAUUGCUGUGUAUUCCCUAGUUAAGUGCACUACGUGUAGUGCGAAAUAUUUGCUUUUACACUCGAUGUAGUGCACUUCGUGUUUAAUAGGGCGCGAAUUUAGGAUUUUGCCCAGCUGUUAGCUGAAGAGUGAGUAUAGGAAAGCAGCCGUGUGUAGAUUAUGAUUAUGAGCAGACGCGUUUGUUAUGCUUUUACUGGUUUUGAAUAACGUCUGCGCCAUGGACACUGAAGGGAUCGUGAUCCGGAUAAAGACGCCGAUGGGGGACAUGGACUCAUCGGUGGACUGUCCGUCACUUUUGAGCUUCAACGAUUUACUGAUCGCAAUUAGAGACGUGAUGCCUGAAGCGACCAUUACAGCAUUUGAAUAUGAGGAUGAGGUUGGUGACAGGAUCACAGUUCGGAGUGAUGAAGAACUAAAGGCCAUGCUGUCCUAUUACUGUAAUACAGUGAUGGAACAGCGCAUGAAUGGACUGCUACCUGAGCCACUGCAGAUCUUUCCUCGAGCCGGCAAGACUCCUGGGAACCGGAACAUCCACGGCCUGAAGGUGAACACACGCCAUGGCUCGUCCAGCAGCCGGGGAUCCUCUCCUGCCGAGUCUCUGUCCAGCAACAGCAGUUUAAAGAAAUCCUCUGCAGAGCUGAAAAAGAUACUGACCAAUGGCCAGAUAAAUGAACAAGACAUCCAGUACCAGGAGCAGCUUGGCCAUGGAAAUGGGGGAACCGUAUACAAAGCGUACCAUCUCCUGGGGAAGAGGGUUCUAGCAGUGAAGGUCAUUCCUCUUGAUAUCACAGCAGAACUGCAGAAACAGAUCAUGUCUGAACUGGAGAUCCUUUACAAGUGUGACUCGCCAUACAUCAUAAAGUUCUACAGUGCUUUCUUUGUGGAGAACCGAAUAUCUAUAUGCACUGAGUUUAUGGAUGGUGGGUCUCUGGAUGUUUACAGGAGGAUUCCAGAGCAUGUCCUGGGCCGGAUUGCUGUAGCAGUGGUGAAAGGACUGACGUAUUUGUGGAGCCUGAAGAUUUUGCAUAGAGAUGUGAAGCCUUCCAACAUGCUCGUUAACACAAGAGGCCAAGUAAAACUGUGUGACUUUGGAGUCAGCACACAACUGGUAAACUCUAUCGCCAAAACCUAUGUCGGAACCAAUGCAUAUAUGGCGCCAGAGAGAAUAUCAGGGGAACAAUACGGAAUUCAUUCAGAUGUAUGGAGUUUAGGAAUCUCUUUCAUGGAGCUAGCUCUUGGCCAGUUCCCUUAUCCCCAGAUUCAGAAAAACCAAGGUUCCUUAAUGCCUCUCCAGUUAUUGCAGUGCAUCGUUGAUGAGGAUCCUCCUGUGCUUCCAGUCGGUCAGUUCAGUGAGAAAUUUGUGCACUUCAUAACACAGUGCAUGAAAAAACAGCCGAAAGAACGUCCCGCCCCCAAUAACCUCAUGGACCAUCCAUUUAUUACGCAAUACGAUGACGGGAAUACGGAGGUAGUAUCCAUGUGGGUUUGUCGGAGUUUAGAGGACCGCAAAUCCCUGCAAGCUCAGGGGCUGAUGUAAGGAGCCGUGACACAACAAGGAGCCGUUUUUUCCUGUUUCUAUAAAGUGCCACAGAGGUUUAAUGGCUGGACUUACUUGAAAGAGACCGCCCAUAAACACACACUCCAGAGUGCUCAUGGACCUUUUUAUUUUUUCAUGGAUCCAAUAACUCCAGAUCUGUAUUUUUGUUUUGUUUUGUAUAUUUGUUUUUGAAUGGUUGUGCCGAUUGCAGUGUAAAUGUUUCAGGCUUAUGACUCUCAUCAUUUCCAUAGCAGAUGGAGCAUGAAGCAAAAGCUUUUUAAUAGGGCUGUUCCAGGAUAAACUAGGACACCUCGUAAUGCAGAGUAAACAUUUUGCAUUUUGAUCCCUUGUGGUAAAGGCUGUGGGCGACUGAUCACAAGGUUAUGAGGUAAAAUCCCAGCAUCACCACACUGCCACUUAUUGGGUCCUUCAGCAAGAUAUUAACCGUUAUCUUCUCAGUUUUUAAUUGUACAACGGGCAAAAGAAGAGUUUUUUUUUUUUUUACUUGAACGAACAAUCAGAUAUGAUCCCCAUGAUAAAAAGAAACGCCACGUUAGUCAACAUAGGAGUGUAUUGCAUGCGGCGCAUUGCUCUUUGUUUAUAUUCUGGGAAAUCGAUUCGACUCAAUUUAUUCGGAAAUUUCAACUGGGACAGACAGAAAAAAAAGUAAUUGCUGGAGUGGUCCAGAUUUGUCAGAAUUCCUCUAAGAUUGUGCAUAAUUGAAGCCAUACUGACCGUGAACUCUUUAGCGAGUGCUAACCUGAGCAUUUUCAGCACUGCUGUGUUUUUCGGUGAUAUGACCCAUGCUGCAGAUUAUUUAACUGUAGCGCUCUGUGUUUCCCUUAAAGUCGCACUGAAAGGCUCGUACAGUACGUAAGCCACAAUAACAGACCACUCAAGUCUUCUGUGCAUUCAGUCCUACUCUUAUUCCAGUUUGUGUAAUGAACAUAGUUAUUACAGCCACUUAUUGAACCUCCUAUGCACAUAAAUCUUAAAUCUAAUCUUUUAACUCGAAUGACCCCACUUAUCUAUUAGAUAUAUUUAAUUCAAAUCAGCAUCAUCCUCCCUCUCCACUACAGCAUGUAAUCAUUCCACAGCAGGGAGUAAAUAAUUUUUUGCUCACUAUUCUAUUAACCACUGACAGCUGCCAACUAACAUGCGUCAUAUGUUACAGCUGCAUCAACCCAGCACAUCUGCCUGCGACUACAAUACUCCAUGGGCCACUUAAAGACGGUUUACGCCUUAAUGCACUUAUUGUACUGCUGUGUUUUUUAUACGGCGUUACUUUAGAAAUGAAGCAGUUCUACAGGUACAUAUUUUGCCUCCUGAACCACUUGGACAUGAAAGGAGUUGCAACAGUUAAAACCUGAUGAGAUGCAGAACAUUUCUACCCAAAGUAUGUAUAAUACUUGAAGUUUUAAGGUUUUCUUGGUAUGUUACCAAAUUGUCAUCCAGUUAUCUUCAUUUGUUUUUGAGGUUUUUUUGUUUAGGUUUUUAUUUUUAAUCCUGUUCAAAUGCACUGUUACGUCUUUCUUUAUUUCAGUCUCCUUGUUUUUAAGAGAUGUGUGGUUCACCGGUGGCACUUGAGUCUCAUUUCACAUUGCUGUGGAAGUUUGCACACCUUCAACAUUUUCCUAAGUAAAUGAAACAUUCAGGA